AUGGGUCAGGGAAGAGGCAGUGCAGGGGUUGGUGUGGUUAUGGUGAUGUGCCUGAGUUUGCUGCUGCUCCAUUGUGAAUGGGCUGAAGCCAGAAGCUACACUGUUGGGGAUGCAGGUGGUUGGUCGCCUAACGUUGCUGGGUGGCCUAAGGGGAAGUCAUUUAGAGCCGGUGACGUGCUUGUUUUCAACUACGCGCCUUCUGCUCACAAUGUGGUUGCUGUGAACAAGGCUGGGUAUCAGACAUGUAGCACUCCAAGAGCUGCCAAAGUCUUUCAGACUGGAAAAGAUCAGAUCAAGCUUGCUAAAGGACAGAACUUCUUCAUUUGCAGUUUCCCAGGCCACUGCCAAUCUGGCAUGAAAAUUGCCAUCACUGCAGCCUAG